UAUAUUUGCAACCUGGUCACACUGAGAGUUGUGUAGAUACUUCUGCGUAAUACUUGUGAUAGUGAUAUUUUGAUUAGCAAAAACAAAGGCCAAUCACGUUAAAAGAACCAAGACGGAAUAAAUGCAGCUGGAAAAGCAACAUUUAAAAUAUGAGUCGAAAGGGAACAAAAGAUCAAAAUGAUAUAUCGCUAAUCAUUGGGACUCUACCGAAACGGCUACAGAACAAAUUCGCUGCAAGCUGUAGUCACAACAGCCACGCAGCAGAGGAUGCUGAAAAUGCGGAACCAACUCCACCAGCCAUUACAAGGCCAGUUCAAAUAUUGUGCAAGCCAAAGAAAAAUGCUGGGAAUACUUCAAGAGAGGUACCCGCACCCGUUUUGGAUACCAGCGGGGGCAGCAGCAUCAGCUUGGAAAGAAAAUCGACUGAUGUGGGAAUUCCUGGCAUACUGCGGGUAAAUGCCAGUCCUUCAUCAAUAAUAGCUACAUCGAAUGCAGACAGCAUGAGAGCUGGGCAUGGAACAACACGUAGGCGCAACCGUACGCAUUCUGCGCGGAUGAACGAUCAAACGCCGUUGUCGCCACUGUCACGCGUACGUCUUACCACCGACCAUCCGAUUUGGUUUGAGCAGCUUCUAAACAUGCCGAAUGCAAAGAUCAUUGUGCAAUUGUACGAUCAACUAAUGGUCCUACAGCAACGCAAUCUUAUUCUCAUCAACUGGAAGAACUUUUGCUGCUUACACGCACAGCUGCAGGAGGCCUUUUCCUGCUUGUUGCUGGAUCAGCUUAAAUUCGUGUGUGAGCACAAAGUAGAUGCAUUCUUCUGGAAGUUGCUUUUCUAUAAUGUGCGGCAGUAUCUAAAGCGACAACAUACUGAUACUGCACAAACUCACACUUUAUUGCUUAUUGAUCGAAGUAUAAAGUUUUAUCGAACGCUUUUUGACAAGAUUAUGAAGAAGUACAUCUCGGCACGACGUGAAAGCGCCGUCAAGGUAGUGGCUCAACGUCUACUCAUCUGUUUAGGCGACUUGAGCCGCUAUCGCGCCAACCAGAUGCAAUCAACGGACUUUGCAGAGGCGUCCAAAUACUAUCAGCGUGCGCAGGAGCUUAUUCCUGGCAAUGGAGCACCAUACAAUCAACUGGCUAUCAUAGCCAUUUAUAAGCACAAGCAUUUCGAUGCUGUGUAUUAUUAUAUGCGCAGCCUUUUGUCAGCAAAUGCUAUACAAUCAGCCAAGGAGAGCCUUCUCGAUUUGUUCGAUGAUAUACGCCGAAAAUAUGAGGAAACCGAGAUGAAGCAGUCGCCAAUGCAUUGCGCGCCAAGCAAGUCGAAGAAGUCGAAGCAAAUGCGUACUGAGAUAUGGAUCUAUCCAGAUGGUAUUAGACGCCUACAUAGAACCGAUUUUAAAAACAAGGCUAAAAACAAACUAGCAACAUCGGAAGUAAGCCGCUAUGAUGCAAUGCCACCCCAAGAAUUGCUGGCACGCGUUGUGUCAGUGUAUUUGUAUUUAGUCGGAAAGCUUUUUACAGCCACUGAUAUUGAGUGCAUGUACCAGCAGCUGGGUAAGCUGCAGAUUCAACUCAGUUCGGCUUUGAAGUAUGACAAUCUAUUGUCGAGCAAAAUUUUGAAAAUUGUAGCACUAAACGUGUUUGUUGUAGAACAUAACAAGAUCAAAGCUGAUCGUCGAGAGAUGCGUUAUCAUAGCUUCAACUUUGCCAAUACACUUUUUGGUGUUGUGCUUAGUCGGGCCAACCAAUUGCUUACCAGCCUCACGGGCGAAUCAAUCGAUCUACAAUGCAUCACAGAUGAAGAAUUAGCACACAUCAAUAUUUAUUUGAAGUUUGUGAAGAUCUACACACAGUGGCUGAGCAUUAAUACGAAUCUUUGGGAACCUGUGCGCUCAGAGGACCACUCAUUCAUCGACUGUUGGGCGGAGCUACAAAUUCUAUUUGAUCGCCUUGAAAUUAUCUACAGCAAAGUGGAUAAGGACACCGAUGGCAAAGUGGACAAUGUUGUGUUGGAUGAAGAUAUAUUGUUGAGCGGCUUCGCACCAUUAGGUGGGGAUAUUGCUGCCAGAGAUGGUGCCCAACGUGGCUCCGAGCGAGUACAGUUUGUUGAACGCAUUUGGAAAAUAUUGCAGUUCCAGAAGACUUACAUAGAGCAUCAAGAGUCACUGCAGCAACCCAUAAAUUCGAACUUUACAGUUGAGGAUUUAAACACAGCGAUGCAAGUGGCACUCAAUAACUUUGACAGCUGUGUUGCAUCCACAGCUACGGAGAAUUCCACUUCAGAGCCAAAUAUAGAGGAAGUAGACUCGCAUCACUCCAUAAGUCCAGACUCAGAUGUGUCCCAGCUCUGUAAAUUGAAAAAGGAGCUCGAGGCAAAGGCCAAAGUUAAGCAGAUUUGCAACAGCAAGCUAGAGCAAAUUCUAAAAUUGGUCGAUACCAAAUUGUACAUUGAGGUGCGACCGCGUUACCUGUUACCGGAUACCAAUUGCUUUAUCGAUUGUCUGGAGGAUAUUGAAAAGCUAUCGAUGGAAUACAAGCGCUAUACUAUUAUCAUACCACUGACUGUGGUAAAAGAGCUGGAUGGACUAUCUAAGGGCGUCAAAUUGGAUUCGUAUCGUAGUUCCAAACAAACACAACGCAUUCAUCAUUUUGAUGAAGUAUCAUCGCGCGCCAAAAAGUCACUGGAGUUUAUAAGAUCAGCCAAACAUAAUGUUAAAUGUGCUACAACGAAAGGAUCUGUUAUAAAUGCUUCGUUAUUUGCACUCGUUGAGGAAGAAUAUGUUUCCAAUGAUGAUAAAAUUCUCGCAACCGCAGUUGCUGUUUCAAAGAAUGCCAGCUCAGAGCAAUGCCGAGAUGGUAAAUGUUUCAUUCAAACCGAACUGGUGCUCAUCACCACCGAUAGAAAUUUGCGCGUUAAGGCUUUGGCCCGCAACCUUGCUGUUAGCGCCUUAGAUGAGUUUUUGCAAUGGGCUAACGACUGCCGCGAAUCAACCUGAGCGUCAAUUGCGAAACCGAGAGGCAAUUGCUAAAUCGUUCUGACAAUUACCGGUUCAUCCGCCUGGCACAUGCUUGCUGUGAAGAGCGAACGUGUUCUAUCAACAUUACCAUCAUUAGACAUUUGACUAUGUAUGCUACGGCCAAGAGCCGUAGCACACGUAAAAUUGGGACGCGGUCUAGCGUUUGAAGUCGGUCUAGCAUCGAUUUCUGCUGGUUCUGCGAUUAGUACGCGUGAAGUUUAUGCCAUACGAUUUGAGAAAUUUGGUUAG